GCGAGAGCGGCGGUUUGCUGGUUGUUCCCGGUUUCAUCCCGUUUCGCUUCGCUCCGCUCGCUCUUGCGGCCAGAUGCUGCCUGCCUGCGGGCUGCUGAGCCUGCCCUGGGCCCUGGCCCUGGCCCUGCCAGUCCUGGGGACUGUGUAUUUCCGAGAGCAGUUUUUGGACGGAGCAAAAUGGCAGGAGAGAUGGGUGCUCUCACAGCAUAAAUCCAAUUAUGGGAAGUUUAGGUUAACAGCUGGAAGUUUUUAUGGAGAUCGAGAAACAGAUAAAGGUCUGCAAACAAGUGAAAAUUUAAAAUUUUAUGCUAUCUCAUCACGAUUUAAACCAUUCAGCAAUAAAGGGCGACCUCUGGUCAUCCAGUAUACAAUAAAGCACGAACAGAAGAUAGACUGUGGUGGUGGUUAUGUGAAAAUAUUCCCUUCUGACUUGAACCAAAAGAAUAUGAGUGGAGAAUCACAGUACUAUAUCAUGUUUGGACCUGAUAUUUGUGGAUCUGACACAAAGAAAGUCCAUGUCAUUUUAAACUACAAGAGCAAACUUUAUCCCAUUAAGAAACAAAUUAGAUGCAAAGUUGAUGGAUUUACUCAUUUAUAUACACUGAUUUUAAGACCAGAUCACACAUAUGAAGUAAAAAUUGAUGAUGAGAUGGUUGCUUCAGGCAUUUUGGAAGAUGAUUGGGACUUCUUACCUCCACAGAGAAUAAACGACCCAGCAGUGAAGAAACCGGAAAACUGGGAUGAUGAAGCUGAAAUUGAUGAUCCAGAUGACACCAAGCCAGAGGAUUGGAAUGUUGCCGAAUACAUUGUAGAUAACAGUGCUGAAAAACCUAAAGAAUGGGACGAUAUGAAACAGGGUGUCUGGCAACCUCCCCUGCUCAAGAAUCCGCUUUACAGGGGGGAAUGGCAGCCCAGGAAGAUCCCAAAUCCAAACUACAAAGGCAUUUGGCCUCAUCCACAAAUUGAGAAUCCAGCAUAUGUGCCUGACUUGAGCAUUUCUGUCUACGAGAACAUAAGUGUCAUUGGCCUUGAUCUCUGGCAGGUGAGAUCUGGAUCAAUUUUUGAUAAUUUCUUGAUCACAGAUGAUGAAACAUAUGCAGAAGAAUUUGGUGAUGAAACAUGGAGAGAAACUCAGUACCCUGAACAGAAAAUGCACCAGGAGCAAAUUGAAGAGGAAAAGAAGAGGGAAAGGGCAAGAGAGGAGGACCACCUCAAGGGCCAAAUCAAAGAGCGGCCCAAGAAGAAAGCACCCAGGAAAAACAAAUCCAAGAUGACUGCAGCAAAGGAGGAGCUGUGAGGGAAAGAGCCAACAGAAGACAUACUUGAGAGAUGCCUUGACUUAUUUGAGAGAAAUGGGUUGGAUGUUGGCUCUGUUGUGCUACUGCUAGUCAGGAACCUUUUCUUCCUUGAAGUGUGUGUGGCUCAUAUCAGGAGAACGCUUCUUGUUGGAGAGGAAAGUGUCACUAGGGAGUCUAGCCCUCUGCUUCUUGGAGAAUCUUCUAACUAAUGUCAAGCCCUAAAAGAAAGGGGGUGAGCUGUGGGAAAGAUGCGUUUUGAAAAAGUACAAUAAACUUGAGUGCAGGCCUGUGUCUUUCAAGCACUUAAUUGGUUCCUCUGAUCUCUGUCAAAUGGGAGGAGGAGGGAGAUUGCUGGGCUUGCCAGUACCUAUGUAGUGGGGUAAAGA